AUGCCGUAUGCACGGGCAUGUUUGCAAUACAUUCAAGAGAAUUCGAACUGUCACCUCUUACUCUGGCACUUUCUUUUACAGACUUUGGACGGAUUUGUUUUCGUGGUAGCAUCUGAUGGCAAAAUCAUGUAUAUAUCAGAAACAGCUUCUGUACAUUUAGGCUUGUCACAGGUGGAGCUCACGGGCAACAGUAUUUACGAGUACAUCCAUCCUUCCGACCACGACGAGAUGACAGCUGUCCUCGCGGCCCACCAGCCCCUCCACCAUCACCUGCUACAAGAGUACGAGAUAGAGAGGUCCUUCUUUCUGCGAAUGAAGUGUGUGUUGGCGAAAAGAAACGCGGGCCUGACUUGCAGCGGAUACAAGGUCAUCCACUGCAGCGGCUACCUGAAGAUCAGGCAGUAUAUGCUGGACGUGUCCCUGUACGACUCGUGCUACCAGAUCGUGGGGCUGGUGGCCGUGGGCCAGUCGCUGCCACCCAGUGCCAUCACAGAGAUCAAGCUGCACAGUAACAUGUUCAUGUUCAGGGCCAGCCUUGACCUGAAGCUGAUCUUCCUGGAUUCCAGGGUGACCGAGCUGACCGGGUAUGAGCCGCAGGACCUGAUCGAGAAGACCCUCUACCAUCACGUGCACGGCUGUGACGUGUUCCACCUCCGCUACGCGCACCACCUCCUGCUGGUGAAGGGCCAGGUCACCACCAAGUACUAUCGGCUGCUGUCCAAGCUGGGCGGCUGGGUGUGGGUGCAGAGUUACGCCACCGUCGUGCACAACAGCCGCUCGUCCCGGCCGCACUGCAUCGUGAGUGUCAAUUAUGUCCUCACGGAUAUCGAAUACAAGGAACUGCAGCUGUCCCUGGACCAGGUGUCCACAUCCAAGUCCCAGGACUCCUGGAGGACCGCCUUGUCUACCUCACAAGAAACUAGGAAAUUAGCGAAACCCAAAAAUACAAAGAUGAAGACGAAGCUGAGAACGAACCCGUACCCGCCACAGCAGUACAGCUCGUUCCAAAUGGACAAACUGGAAUGCGGCCAGCUGGGAAACUGGAGAGCCAGCCCCCCAGCGAACGCCCCGGCGCCCCCGGAACAGCAGCUCCAUUCGGAAAGCAGCGACCUUUUGUACGCCCCGUCCUACAGCCUGCCUUUCUCCUACCAUUACGGACACUUCCCUCUGGACUCUCACGUCUUCAGCAGCAAAAAGCCAAUGUUGCCGGCCAAGUUCGGGCAGCCCCGAGGAUCCCCGUGCGAGGUGGCACGCUUUUUCCUGAGCACACUGCCAGCCGGUGGCGAAUGCCAGUGGCAUUAUGCCAACCCCCUAGUGCCUAGCGGCCAGUCUCCAGCUAAAAACCUUUCUGAGCCGCCGGUGAACGCUGCUCGGCACAGCCUCGUGCCAAACUACGAAGGUGGGUCUGUUUGCACGAGGGGAGGGGGCAGGACUGCGAACGGUGGCGGUGGGUGGCGAGCGGAAAAAGGAUCCUCACGCUUUGGGCAAACUUCUCCUUUUUCUGCUCGGAAGUAG